AUGGAUCUCUUUAUGUAUAAUGAAACGUAUUGUCUCUGGAUCUGUACCAGUUGUCAUUAUGCGGUCACCCCGCAGCAUCUGGACCGGCAUCUCCGUACCCAUCAUCGACAGCAUCCAUCGGUCAAGACCGCGGAGCUUCGCCAGGCAGUCCUGACUGAGAUGCUUAAGAAGCCUUGGAUUGAGCCCCGUAAAGAGCCUAGUCGAUUUCCUUCACCAGACAGUCCCCCGAUUCCCCAUCUUCCUAUCUAUUCAGGAUUACGCUGUCCUCGUUGCUCCUAUAUUGGUCGGUCGUCCAAUACUCUCCGGAAUCAUCUCAGUCACAGCCAUCCCGAUACCCGGCGGCCACGGGGUCGGGAUUGCCAUCAAAAACCCGAUCUUGCUGCUACUGCCGAGUAUGUCAGCUGUCAGCGGUUCUAUAUCGCCGGGACGGCUAGCCAUUUCUUUGCCGUUAUGCCAGCAAGCCAGACAGAGCGAAUUCAGAAGGCUGCUCAGAUGAGCAAGGCUGAGUUUAUCCAGAGUCAGAUUAACCAGGCGUACGAGCAGGAUCAGCAAGCCCAGGCUAUCCAGCAACAGUCUAUCCCGAUCGAAAAGCAUUCCAGCGAGGUCUCUCCGUGGAUGGAAUUAACCCGUUGGCCCGAGUACCUGCAGGGUCAGAAUCUCGUCUCGGUGGCUCCGCUAGGGUCGAUGCCGGACAGCGAGAAAGAACCCUUACUAGCUGUCUUUGUUCAAAGUGUGGAGCGGCUCAUUCACCGGGCCUACCAGACUAUCGCCAGCCACCGGAUCAAUGAGUUUGAUCAAAUCCAGAUCAACACCUUCUUCCGCCGGCCGGGGGUGUGGAAUCGGCCGAUUCAGAUCCACCUCCGUCCAUCCACGUACCGGCAGUACCGCCAGGUGUGGCAGCGGCUGAUCUGCUUUGCCUACCGCAGCAGCCGCCCCGAUCAGCCGAUUGUCCUCCGCCAUCAGCUGACCACAGCGCAGCUGGCGGCCCUGGAUCAGAUGGAGGAGUAUGGUACCCGGCUGCUUGAUCAACCGGCCGAUAGCCGGUCCGAGGCGCGGUAUCUGACCCAGACCUUGGAGGAUCAGCUGGAUGAGGCCUGUCUGGCGCUCUCGAUUGCUCUCCUCGAUCAUUCUCUGAAAGGAGAUCUAUUCGAAAGUACCGUGGUAGGGUUUCUGGCCAUUCUCGGAAUUAACACUGAUUGCUCUAAUUUCCGGGACCCAAACUACUAUACCACCUAUCUCUCCGCGCUGGUCAAGAUCGCCCAGAUGCUGGUGGCGGAGCGGGCGGUCGAGAUGGCGGACCACGGCGAGGUCGGUCAUCCAGCGGAUGCCUUAGACGAGAUGCGUGAGCGCUUCUUAUUAUAUGGCGUGCGGGCACCGUUUGGAUGGAUUACCCGGCUGCGGACAUAUGGCAAAAAGAUUCAGAACACCACCACCAGUCUCGGCUAUAUCUACUGGAGUGACGACGAGCAGACCCUGAGCUACAAAGAGCUUCAGCUCAGUAUGAAGGGAUUCCGCCAGUUUACUGCCACGCAGGUUCAGCUGGCCCAGGACGAGCUGGAGCAGUUGUUUCUCCUCCAUCCCGAGGAGAUCCGCGAGGAGAUGAUUCCGUCGCUGCCACUGCGGGAGCUUCAGGAUGACCCGACUAAUAAUCAACGGGGGUGGAACUUCCUCCACGAUCCACGGAACCAGGCCACUCUCUCCCAGGCUAUGUUUACUACCCACGGCCGCCACCGCGGGGCGGCAGAGCGCUGGCUCUUAGAUCGGGUCCUGACACUGGACUGGCUGCGGGAGGAAUUCCUGGACGUACGGCAGUCGGACAGUCAGGUUAUCUGGCAGAAGCCGCACGUGGAUCACUAUCUGAAGCAGGUUGAAGCUUUCCUCCAGCGGCUCCUGCUUCUGAUACAUAUCACGGGGGGUCAACCUGGACGUGCCACCGAGCUGCUCAGCCUACGCCAUAGUAAUACGGUCCAUGGCCGCCAUCGCAAUAUCUUUAUUGAACAUGGACUGGUGAGCACCGUGACCACCUAUCACAAGGGAUACUCAAUCAGCAAUACUACCAAGAUUAUUCAUCGAUAUCUCCCGAAGCCGGUCAGUGAGUUGGUGGUCUAUUAUCUUUGGUUAAUCCUACCCUUCUGCCAAGCUCUCCAGCGGCAGGCUUUCCAGGAUACCAGUAUCCCAUCGGCUUUUCUUUGGCCGUCCGGCGAGGGAUGUUGGGAUAGCAGUCGGCUUCGAAUGGUACUACAACGCGAGGCGAAGACCCAUCUUCAAACCAAGAUGAAUAUUACAUCCUAUCGCCAUGCCGCGAUUGCGAUCUCCCGGGUCCAUCUGCAAUGCGGGGGGUUCAAGCGUGACUACGGGGCGGAUGAUACGACGGUGGACCAUCAGGCAAGCCAUGGAUCCUGGGUAGCUGGGACCGUCUACGCUCGGGGUCUGCAGGAGGCCCCAGGUCACAUCGAGGCCCGGCGGCGGCAGUAUCGUACGAUUAGCCGGAAGUGGCACAGUUUCCUAGGAUUUGAGACCUAUCUCGGUCCACGGAAGCGAUCUGCUGAGAAUACAGAUGAACUGCCUCGAAAGCGGCAAUAUAUUAUGCUAGAGAUGGAUCGUGAUUGA